GAUGAGUCAAGAACGACUUGACGGUGGAAGCCGCGAGACCGACGGUCAAUGACGACAUAUCCCACACCUCCACCCACUCUACGACCACGCCAAAACUCAUCACACCUUGCGUCUCGCUUGCAACACGUCGCAAUUGGCUCGGCAGUGCGCGAGCACACCAUGCAGAGGUGUGUAUAAGAGGCAGGGGAGUAUGUGUGCAUGCGUGCAUAUUCCCCAACACAUCCGAAUCACACACAAUGUCCCUCGGCCGCACCAUCAAGCUCAACAACGGCGUCUCGAUCCCUCAGAUCGGCUUCGGCACCUGGCAAUCGGCACCCGGCGAGGUCGGUCGUGCUACUGAGGAGGCUCUCAAGGCGGGUUAUCGUCAUGUGGACGCUGCUUGGAUCUAUAGGAACCAGCCCGAGCUCGCUGAGGGCAUCAAGGCGUCUGGCGUGCCCCGCUCGGACAUCUUCAUCACAUCCAAGCUCUGGAACACGGCCCACCGCGUCGCCGACGUCGAGAAGAACAUUGACGAGACGCUCAAGCAGCUCGACACGGACUACCUCGACCUCCUCCUGAUCCACUGGCCUGUGGCCUUUGUCCCCGGCGGCUCGCCGCUCCCCCUCAACGAGGACAAGACCGAGGUCCUCAUCGACUUUGAGGCGCCCGGUAUCGCCGCCACCUGGGCCGAGCUGGUCCGCAUCCAGAAGGAGACGAAGAAGCUGCGCGCGAUCGGCGUGUCCAACUUCACCAAGGAGCAGAUCGAGACCAUCAUCAAGGCGACUGGCGUCGUCCCCGCCGUCAACCAGGUCGAGGCGCACCCCCAGGCCUACAACCCCGACCUGUGGCAGUACGCUGCCGACAAGGGCAUCCACAUCACGGCGUACUCGCCCCUCGGCAACAAUGUCGGCGGCACGCGUGCGCUCAACGCGCCCGAGGUCAAGGCCAUCGCCGACAAGCUCGGCAAGACGCCCGCGCAGGUCCUGAUUGCGUGGGGCGCCGCCAAGGGCUUCAUCGUCAUCCCCAAGAGCGUGACGCCCGAGCGCAUUGCUUCCAACUUUGAGACGUUCGACCUGCCCAAGGAGGACGUCGAGGCCAUCACCGCCUGGGGCGCCGCCAACCGCAACCACGGCGCCGUGCCCGCCACCUUCAAGCCCAAGUGGCCCAUCAACAUCUUCAACUACCCCGAGGAGCAGGGCGAGAAGCCCGUGUGGUAGAUGAUAGACUAUAGAGUGUAGAUGCAGUUGUACAAGUCGA